AUGGCCUGCCCGAUCACCGUCUCCAAAUUCGUCGGGACCAUCUCCCUCGGCCUGUUAACAGGCCUCUCAUACUCCGCGUCUACUAUCGCCGUUCCCUCCCUCAGUCUCCUCUCUACUUCGACAAAUGCGUCCAAGUCCCUGGCCGAAGUCAAGCGCCUUAACCGUAAGCACGGCCUGCGCCUCGCCAACAUCUCCAACAUCUGCCUCCUCCUCGCGUACAGCAUCUCGCCACGACACAGAAAACAUCCAUACUUGCUCUGGAUGACGCUGAUGUCUACGGUUGGCACCUACGGCGUCGACUACUGGUUCCACCGACAGAGUGGCUUUAAGGCUUGGGUGUGCAGUGUCGUGAAUGAUACGGGAUAUUCAUGUCUACUGGGCAAGAAGUCUCAGAAGAAGGAAGACGACAUUGUUGUCGUUGAGGCCGAGGAGAAAGGUGAUAUCAACGGGGAGGCUGUGCGGAGGGAAAUGGAGACGGAGCGCCGCCUACAGGGUGUCAGGGCGGUGUUUGCCGGCCUUGCGUUGUCGAUGGGCAUUGUUGGACUCUGGGGCGAUCGCCGUCCUUAA